UUCAAUGGUAUAAAUUCUCUGCCAAAAAGUAAAAUUGUCAGAUCACCACCAUCGUCUUUCGAAGUCGUCUGCUGUUCUGAUAGAAAAUAGUUCGCCACAAUGAAAUUCUACGCCAUUGCUCUUUUACUGGUUGUACUCUGUGUUGCCAACAGUGAAGCUUUCUGGAAAAAGAGAUGCAAGAAAUGUAAGUGGGGAUACGGCGGCGGUGGAGGUGGCGGAGGAGGAUAUGGGGGCGGCGGCGGUGGUGGCUAUGGUGGUGGUUACGGCGGUGGCUACGGCGGGGGAUAUGGCGGCGGUUACGGAGGCGGUGCUGGGGGCGGUUACGGAGGCGGAGCUGGGGGCGGCUACGGAGGCGGUUACGGUGGAGGCUAUGGGGGAGGUUAUGGUGGCGGAUACGGCGGUGGAUCUGGGGGCGGAUAUGGCGGGGGAUAUGGAGGUGGUCGUGGGCAUGGCUGGAAAAAGUACUAAACGCCCUGAUGAUUUGAAUAGGAAAAUAAUUAUUACAUAAUUAUUUCAAUGACCUACCGAUAUAACAAAACCGACCGUCCAAUCUUGUUCAUAUGUAGUAUUUCAAUAAACACAGUUAGCAUCCAGAAA